AUGUCUGCGUCUGCAUCUUCUUCUUUGUUCCCUCCUCGCCAAUGGAAACACGACGUCUUCCCAAGUUUCAGCGGCCAAGACGUCCGCAGAAACUUCCUCAGCCACUUGCUCGUUGAAUUUAACCGCAAGGGAAUCAACACGUUCGUGGAUGAUCAAAUCAGGAGAAGCGACUCCAUCGGCCCUGAGCUCGUCUUGGUCAUCCUCACCAAGAACUACGCUUCUUCGAGCUGGUGCUUGGAUGAGUUGCUGGAGAUUAUGGAAUGCCGAGAGACUGCAGGUCAAAGCGUGAUGACGAUCUUCUACGAUAUGAAUCCAAUCCAUCUGAUGGAUAGCGAAGCUGCUAUGAUUUUUAAAAUUGCCACAGAUGUUACUAACAUGCUGAACUUCACACCGUCGAGGGAUUUCGAUCACUUAGUUGGAAUGGAAGCUCACGUAGCGAAGAUGAGUUCUUUGCUAUGUAUGGAGUCUAAUGAAGUGAGGGUGGUAGGGAUGUGGGGUCCUGCAGGGAUUGGCAAAACCACUAUUGCCAGAGCGUUGUAUAACCGCGUUUCCAGCGACUUUCAGCUCAGUGUUUUUAUGGAGAAUGUCAAGGGAAGUUAUAGCGGAAAUGAGCUUGACAGCUACAGCUCGAAGUUGCGGUUGCAAGAACAGUUCCUCUCCAAAAUGCUCAAUCUCAAGGAUAUGAGGAUAAAUCAUUUAGGCGUGGCAGCAGAGAGGCUAAACUCCCGGAAAGUGUUUAUUGUUCUUGACGAUGUCGAUAAACUAGAGCAGCUAGAAGCCUUAGCAAAUGAACCUCGGUGGUUUGGUGCUGGAAGUAGAAUUAUAGUGACCACUGAGCACAAAGAACUUUUCAAGGGGCAUGGUGUCAACUAUAUUUAUGAGGUGAAUUUUCCGUCUUGGGAUGAAGCUCUUCAGAUCUUUUCUCAAUCGGCCUUCAAACAAGAUUAUCCGCCGGAAGGAUUCAUGGAGCUGGCAGUUGAUGUUACAAAAGUCACUAAUCAUCUUCCACUAGGACUCUGUGUUUUAGGCUCAUCAUUGCGAGGUAAAAAAAAAAGUGGAUGGACACAUGAACUACCUAGCCUUAAAGCCAGUCUUCAUGGCGACAUUUAG